AUGCCCACCCUGUUAAAUGACUUUCAAGAAGGAAUCCUCAAGUUCAUCCUGGAGAAAGAAUUCACUGAGGAUCAGCAUGACGUUGUUUGGCAGGCCGCUCACAAGCGCUUCCAGCAGAAUGUCGCGUCAUGGAAGUCUCAAACACUCGCUUUGAUUAAGUAUAAGAUUGAAGAGCUUGAGCUUUUAGCAGAAACCAGAAACCAGAACGGGGACGUUGCUUUCUCUAUUCCCUGGAGGACUUUGAGGUUAUCUUUGCUAGGUGUUAUAACUACACAGUAUACCUCAGUUGCUAAAUCGGGUGAGAAGCCGUCUGGAUUGGGAUUGGUCCUCGCUCGCUGGGAUGAAAUCUGGAAGUCCAAGAAGAUGGAGAACGUUCGCUUGAGUCAACAAACUCGUCCAGCUUCGCCCGGCCAACCAAUUCAUAGCAAAGCGCGGCAAGAAGCUCCAGGAUCUGCUCAGCUCGUCCGAGGAUCAAGACGCCUUUACCCCUGA